UCAUGGCUGGCUGGCAAGAGGCAUAGACUCCUGUGCGGGUAAUGGUAUCGCCUCAAACACUGCUCAUCUACUAGUGACGUUACCGUCUCCGAAAAGCCCUUAUGUGUUGUGGGAGUUUAUAGUUGCACUCUUUACUCCGUACUCCACAACGGAAUCAUGCGCAUCGCCGCAAAACAGAAGGAGAUCCUGACAGUAACAGGCCCAAAGGCCAAAAUUCCAAGAGCUGAAGAGGAAUGCGCCAGGACUCGAACCGCGGCGCAGCACAUUCUGGCACAGUCUACCAACGAGUAAUCGCGGGAAUAUGAUACGUCAUCCACCAAGCCCGGCCAAGACGGCCAACCAUAUCUCCCCCACAAUCGCAUCUUAUUGUGAACCCCUCCACAUAUUCCUCUGUUGACAGGGUCAUUGAUCACAAAAUGACACUGAUCUCGGCUUUUCGUCCACCGUCAACUCGGGUCUCGUCCUUGCGACUCAGAUCCCGCAGGCAGCGGAGAUCGCCCAAGCGGAGUCCUCGUCAACGCAGUCGCGAAUUGAGACGGGAACAGGAUGGGGAUGAGGACGAUAGUCAUGAUGAAGAUGCGCACUCUAUCAUCACCCCGUCAAAACAUACACCCAAAGCGAUUCGGGUCUUGCGUGGCUCUGUCGCAGCAGGUGGCCCUCUACGUCCCUUUCGCUUAGUCAAACAAGAUCUCGUAAAUCUACGCCGGAGAUAUGCCUCGGAUUGGAAGAUAUUCAACCAGCUGAUAUUCGCAAGUGCCGUCUAUGUCUUCUUCACCAACCUUCUUCCUGGCAUCACAUUUGCCAGCGAUUUGUACGUCUUGACUGGUAAGAACUGGGGGACAAUUGAAGUAGUGUUUAGCACUGGCCUGUGUAGCAUCAUUUUCUCAUUGUUCUCAAUCCAACCUUUGACCAUCCUUGGCGUGACUGGGCCCUUUUCAGUGCUUGCAGAGAAUAUUUACAAACUAUGCGACGAGGUUUUCAAGAUACCUUUCUUGCCGUUUAUGGCUUGGUCACUCAUACAUGCUGGCUGGCUGCACUAUGUCCUGGCCAUUAUCAAUGCCCAUGAUUGGACCAUGCGCUAUGUUACGACAUUCGCCACGGAGAUAUUCUCAUUGCUCAACAGCAUUAUCUACUUCCACAAAGCCAUCCAAGAGCUGGAACGAGCCCAUGACAGUCUUUCAUUCGCUGCUUUUCUGUACGCUGUCAUUGGUGCUGUUGGGACAAUGCUUUUAGCUAUCUUUCUGUCCACUGCAGAAAGCUGGCGGCCCUUGUUCCACCGAUAUAUACGCAUGGGCCUGACCGAAUAUGCUGCUGCAAUUUCUAUCAUUGUUUUUAUCGGGCUCCCCCACAUUGGCGAAUUGGCUCAUCUGGACAAGAUGACUCUCCCCGUCAGCACCUCCUUCAAGCCUACCGCGCCAGACCGCGAUCAGUUCUUUGUCCAAUUCUGGCACCUGCCCGUGACCUGGGUCUUCGCCGCCAUUGUUCCCGGGGUCAUCAUCACCAUUCUAUUCUUCUUUGACCACGAAGUUAGCUCCAUCAUCUGCACAAUUGAUCGCUACGGUACUCGGAAGCCUGGCGGUUUUGCGUGGGAUAUAAUUCUCCUUGGCACCACUACAGCUCUGUGCGGAAUCCUGGGGAUUCCACCAGCCAACGGCCUCCUUCCCCAAGCCCCUCUUCACUCCGAGUCCCUCAUGCACACUGAAAAAGAACAACGCACCAUCCUUGUCGACGGUGAGGAGAAGACCGAAACAUACGAGGUGAAGCGCGUCUACGAGCAACGGUGGUCAUCCUUUCUCCAUGCAGCAGCCAUCCUCCUCUUCGUCAGCCCUCCUUUCAUGAAAGUCCUCGGCUUGACCCCUACUAGCGUGCUAGCGGGGUUAUUCAUGUUCAUGGGCGAGCAAAGUCUCUCAGUCAACCCAAUCCUCUACCGAACCUUUUACCUCCUCACCCCACCCUCCGAGCUCCCUCCCCUCCCCGCCACCCUAGCCACGAGCACACCAGCCCAAGACACACAAAACGACCACCACCCCGAAACAGGCAACGAAGAGGAAUUUCAACCACCACAAUCAACAUCAACCCCCUCCUAUAUCCCAAUUCACCUCUACACCCUCCUCCAAAUUGUCAUCACCGUCGUCAUCUUCAUCCUCACACUCACGCGAGGCGCCCCCGCCUUCCCAGUCCUGAUCGUCCUCCUCGUCCCGUUUCGUCUGCUAGUCAUGAAGCGCUGGUGGCCCCGCGAGGUCCUCCGCUUCGUGGACGCAUGGGCCUGCAAGGAAGGCACGCCGGAAGACGAUGAAGACGCGCAAGCCGAGGCCGAGGCGGAAGCGGAAACGGGACUGAAAGGUGGGGAUCCGGAUCUCCCUCUCGAUGAAGGCGUCCUGCCUGCUGGAACGCAAGCGGGGCAGGGAUCCUCCGGGGUUAGUGCCGGUAGUGGAGGGUUCGUGGGUAAAUACGCCGGGACCGGGGAUCUGGGGAGUAGUUCUCAUUUGCGGGAAGUCGAUGAGGUGGGGAGGGAGUGGCACGAGUUGGAGGACUGGGGGCGGCGUGACGAGGAGGCUGGAGAGGGGAAGGGGGGUCGAUAGAUUGGGUUUAGAGUAGAGUGGGAGAGAGAGAUGGGGGUCUUGAAGGCAAGGGUAGAUUGUAUCUAGGGUUGUUUUACGGUAAUGCUGUUUAUGAAGUAAUGUGGAGAUGAGAGCGAGAGAUGCCGGUAGGUUUAGGC